AUGUCCGCCGCAGACGGCGGACCCAAGGAGCCUCUAACGAGCGAAGACGCGGUCAAGCGGGAGGCGGGGCUGACGGGCGGAGCGGUGACUGGGUCUGAUGAGUCUGUCACGACUGCUGCGGAGGAGCAGGAUGCCAGCAAGGACGUUGGCAAGAGCGAGGACCUCGAGAAGGACGAGGGCAACGGGGUCAAGGUCCGGCACAAAUGGACCAUCUUCGACCCGUUCAACUUCAAGCCGCCUCCUCCUCCUCCUGCGAGUAUGGACGACGCCGAGACGAUCCGGAUCUCGCAGGCCAACUGGCUGUCCGAGUUCACCUUCUGGUGGCUGCAACCACUUCUCGUGCUGGGCUACAAGCGCGAACUCGAAGCUACAGACCUCCCCAAGAUGGACGACACUCGAGAAGCCGGCCUGCUGGCCGACAAAUUCGAAGCCAACUUUGCUCGGCGACGAAAGGACGUCGAAGACUGGAACCGCAGCCUCGAUGACGGAUCCUACUUCCCGUCCUCGCUGCAAAAGAUGCGAUGGCGAGCAUCAGCUGCGCUAGGACUCGGGCGAGCAGACGGGCGGAGAGAAGUGGGCAUGGCAAUGGCUCUCUCGGACACGUUCUUCUGGUCGUUCUGGUCCGCCGGCGUUUACAAGGUUAUCGGCGACGUGGCGCAGACGACCUCGCCUCUCGUCAUGCGCCAGAUCAUCAAGCUCGUCCAGCAGUCGUACGCGGCGAAACAGGCGGGAGAGCCCCUCCCAGGAAUCGGUCGUGGGAUUGGCCUCGCAAUCGGUCUCUUCCUCAUGCAGCUCUUCAUGUCCGUCUGCCAGAACAACACGUUCUCGCGAAGCGGUCAAGUCGGCGUGUUGGCUCGAGCGGCGUUGAUCGCUGCGCUGUAUCGCAAGGCUUUCCGGAUGAGCGGCAAGGCUCGCGUCGAGCACACGAACGCCAAGUUGACCUCGCACAUCUCGACCUCGAUGUCGCGCAUCGAAUGGAGCUCGACCUUCUUCCACUUCUCGUACACCUGCAUCAUUCAGCUCGUCGAGAUCGUCGUCAUCCUCCUCUGCACUAUCGGCGUGACCAGCUUGGCAGGGGUCGGAAUUGUUCUCCUCGCCAUCCCGAUGCAGACGUACGCCAUGCGUAAGCUUUUCCAAGGACGCCGCAAGGUGCAGAAGCACACCGACGAUCGCAUCAAGUCCAUCUCGGAGCUCCUCAGCGGCAUCCGCGUCGUCAAGUUCUUCGCGUGGGAAGGUCCGAUCGUCUCGAAGGUCGGGGAGUCGCGCAGGCGCGAGUUGGGCGGGAUCCGAAAGCUCCUCACGAUUCGAGCGGCGACGCAGGCGAUGGCCAUGAGUCUGCCUGUGCUCUCGUCCGUCCUCGUCUUCGCUGUCUACUCGCUCACCGGUCAUUCUCAGAACCCCGCCGAGAUCUGGACCGCUCUUUCGCUCCUCAACCUUCUGCGACAACCGCUUAUGAUGCCCAACUCCCUCAGCACAAUGACCGACGCCUACUCCGCCAUGAAGAAUCUCGUCCCAUGCUUCAUGGCCGAUGAGCUACCCGAAGAGCUUUUCGUCCGCGACGACGAGGCCGACGUCGCGUUGCAAGUCAAAGACGCUACAUUCGUCUGGGAGAGCUCGGCGCCGCCAUCGUCUGAGAAGGUGGGCAAGGGCAAGGGUGGGAAGAAGGCGAAGAAGGGGGAGGAAGUGAAGAGCGAGAAGGGCACAGGUGCGGCGGACGAGCCGAGCAAGGUAGAGGACAUCAACCUUGAGGUCCCGCGAGGCCAGCUUCUUUGCGUCGUUGGCAGCGUUGGAUCUGGCAAGUCGUCGCUUCUCCAAGGCUGUAUCGGCGAGAUGCGACGAACCAGCGGCGACGUCGUCUUCGGCGGCAGCAUCGCCUAUUGCGCGCAGUCCGCCUGGAUCAUGAAUACGACAUUGCGAGCGAACAUUCUCUUCGGUCGGCCUUUCGACGAGCAGCGGUACUGGGACUGCGUUCGCGCAGCCUGCCUGCUUGCCGACCUGGAUCAGCUGCCUGCCGGCGACCAGACCGAGAUUGGCGAGAAGGGCAUCACCUUGUCCGGCGGUCAGCGACAGAGGGUUGCGAUUGCCCGCACGCUGUACUACGACGCCGACAUUGUCCUCCUCGACGACCCGCUCAGCGCCGUCGACGCGCAUGUCGGCGCACACAUCUUCGAGCAUGCCAUUCAGGGCAUGCUGAAGGACAAGACGCGGAUUCUCGUCACGCACGCCGUCCACCUCCUCCCGAAGGCGGACGCCAUCAUCGUCAUGGAGAACGGCCGCAUCGCUGAGCGCGGCUCUUUUGACGAGCUGAUGGCUGCCGGCGGACCGUUCUCGCGCUUUGCGCAGGAGUACGGCGUCGCUGCGGCUGCAGACGCCUCGAGCGAUGUCAAGGCGCCGGCAACCGACGGCGCGGCACAAUACGCACCGAAGGGCAAGGCGUCCAAUCGACCGCUCAUGCAGAAGGAGGAGCAGGCGAGCGGCAGCGUCGGCUGGAGAACCUGGAAGUCGUAUUUCAAGGCCGCUGAUGGCUACUACACCGUCCCUCUCGUCCUCGGUUCUCUCGUUCUUAUGAGCGCUGGCCAGAUUUUGUCACAGUUCGCCCUCACCUGGUGGCAAGAAGGCAAGUUCGGGCUCGGGCAGAACCAGUUCAUCGGUCUUUACGCCGGUCUCGGCAUCUCCAGCGCCAUCUUCACCUUCGUCCUCGGCGCCGCAACGAUCUGGUUCGGCACAACUGCCGCACGCAAUCUGCACCACAUGGCGCUCGAGAAGGUCACGCAAGCUCCGAUGAGUUUCUUCGACACGACGCCGCUGGGCCGCCUCAUGAACCGAUUCUCCAAGGAUACCGACUCGAUCGACAACCGCCUCAACGACUCGCUCAGGAUGUGCUUGGCGACCGUCGCGCAGAUCGGCGCUUCGAUCAUCGUCAUUGCGAUCGUCUACCCCUACUUCCUCAUCCCGACGGCCUUCGUGCUCGCGCUCUUUGUCAUGACCUCUAACUUCUACCGCGCCUCUGCCCGCACGAUCAAGCGCCACGACAACGUCUUGCGGUCGUUCCUCUACGCCUGGUUCGGAGAAUCGCUAACCGGACUCAGCACGAUUCGGGCGUUCGGCGAGAAAGAGCGGUUCCUGCGCGGGAAUGAGAAGUUCAUUGACUUGGAGAACCGGGCCUGGUUCUUGACGGUCUGUAAUCAGCGAUGGCUCGCCAUCCGUGUCGACGCCUGGGGCGCCCUCCUCGUCUUGAUUGUCGCGCUCGUCGCCGUCGGCGAGCGAACGACGAUUCCCUCCUCCAAGACGGGCUUGAUCCUUGCCGUCACGCUCGCCAUGCAAGCCUCUAUCGCCAUGCUCAUCCGCCAGACCGCCGAAGUCGAGAACAACAUGUCGUCGAUCGAGCGCUUCGAAUGGUACGCGAAGAGUCUGCCGCAAGAAGCCCCCGCCAUCAUCAAGGAUACCGCACCUCCUACGACUUGGCCUCAUCAAGGCGCGGUCACUUUCCGCGAUGUCGAAAUUCGCUACCGCUUGGAGCUGCCGUCCGUCGUCCGCAACUUCAAUCUCCAGAUCCAAGGCGGCGAAAAGGUCGGCGUCGUCGGCAGGACAGGUGCAGGGAAGUCAACGCUCACCCAGGCGCUUUUCCGCAUCCUUGAGACAUACAAGGGCACCAUCGAGAUCGACGGGCUCGACAUCAGCAAGCUCGGCUUGACGCAGUUGCGCGAGCGCCUUGCGAUCAUCCCGCAGGAACCUCUCCUCUUCAGCGGCACCUUGCGAUCCAACCUCGAUCCCUUCGGCCUUUACGACGAUGCUCGACUAUACGACGCACUCCGCCGGUCGUGGCUCGUCGAUCGAACAGCCGGAGCAGACGGGAGCGGGCAGGUCUCUCGCUUCACGCUCGACACGCGCGUUGAGGACGAGGGAGCCAACAUGUCACUUGGCGAGAGAAGCCUCGUCUCGCUCGCCCGUGCGCUCGUCAGGGACGCCAAAGUCAUCGCUCUUGACGAAGCAACCGCGAGCGUCGACCUCGAGACAGACGCCAAGGUGCAGGCCACGAUCCGCAGCGAAUUCAAGGAUAAGACGCUCCUCAUCAUCGCUCACCGCAUCUCCACCAUCGUCGGCUGCGACAAGAUCCUCGUUAUGGACCGCGGCGAGAUCCAGUCGUUCGCGAACCCGCUCGAGCUGUUCGACCUAGGCGACGGCAUCUUCCACUCGCUUUGCGUGCAGUCGAGCAUCUCGCGCGAGGAUAUCGUCAAGGCGCAGGCGGACCGGUAG